GUCAAAAAGUGGAGUAGCUUUGUAAAAACCAUUGUUAUCGGUAUCGGAUAGUCAAUGAAUUAAAGAAUUCCUGAAAAAAGUACUGAAAAAUGAAAACUGCGUUGAUGGUGGCUGAGAAGCCGUCCCUUGCGGCUUCUCUGGCGAAUAUUCUCAGCAAUGGGAAGUGUUCUAACAGAAAAGGGAUGAACGGUUCGUGCUCAGUGCACGAAUGGAUCGGUCAAUUCCGUUCAGAGACCGUCAGCUUUAAAAUGACAUCAGUCUGCGGUCACGUGAUGAGUCUGGACUUCAUCGGCAAAUACAACAACUGGGACAAAGUAGACCCAGCAGAAUUAUUCAUCUGUCAAACCGAGAAGAAGGAGGCAGUUCCGAAGCUGCGAAUCCCGGCAUUCCUCGCGAAGGAAGGCUCCCACUGUGACUACCUCAUCCUCUGGUUGGAUUGCGACAAGGAGGGUGAGAACAUCUGCUUCGAGGUGAUCCAGGCAGUCCAGGAGCGAAGAAAUCCCCCAUUGAGCCCUCACAACAUAUGGAGAGCCAAAUUCUCAGCGAUCACAGAUCGAGACAUCAAAGCAGCCCUGCAGAACCUCGUCAAGCCCAACGAGAACGAAGCUAGAAGUGUUGAUGCACGACAAGAAUUGGAUCUCCGUAUCGGCUGUGCCUUCACUAGAUUCCAGACUAAAUUCUUCCAGGGAAAAUACGGGGACCUGGACGCUUCCUUGAUCUCUUACGGUCCCUGCCAGACCCCGACGCUUGGAUUCUGCGUUCAGAGGCACGACGAGAUCCAGACGUUCAAGCCUGACCCCUACUGGGUCCUUCAAGUGACGAUUAAGACCUCUGAGGGCCAGGAUAUGGUCCUCAGCUGGUCCAGGGGGCGUUCCUUCGACAAAGAAAUCGCGAAUAUAUUCUUGUCCCAUGUUAAGGAGCACGAGCAAGCAACAAUCGUCAAUAUCUCGAGCUCUGAGAAGACUAAAGGGAGACCAAUAGCCCUGAACACUGUGGAGUUGAUGAGGGUGUCGAGCUCUGGUCUUGGGAUGGGGCCUCACCAUGCCAUGCAGAUUGCUGAGCGUCUGUACACCCAGGGAUACAUCAGUUACCCCAGAACUGAGACGACUUCUUAUCCAGAGAAUUUUGACCUUCUGGCUACUCUGAGGCAGCAGCAGAAUAGUUCUGAGUGGGGAGACGACGUGAGAAAAAUUCUAGCGAGUGGAAUUAACAGACCGAAGAAGGGGCACGAUGUUGGGGAUCAUCCUCCCAUCACCCCCAUGAAGCCUGCCUCCAGAAAUGAACUCGAUGGUGAAUCCUGGAGGAUUUAUGAUUACAUCACUAGACACUUCAUUGCCACUCUUGCCAAAGACUGCAAGUACCUCAGUACGACUGUUAAAUUUGAGAUUGGGAUUGAGAGUUUCUCGUUGACUGGGACUACCCUCAUUGAUCCUGGAUACACGAGUCUCCUGACUUGGCAGGCUCUGGGCGCUAAUGAAGCCCUGCCCAGGUUCAAUAUCGGGGACAGGGUGAAUAUCCAGGAGACUAAGCUCCUAGAGUGCUACACACAGCCCCCGGAUUACUUGACUGAAUCGGAGUUGAUUACGCUUAUGGAGAAACAUGGAAUUGGAACUGAUGCUUCUAUACCCGUGCAUAUUAAUAAUAUUUGCAUCAGGAAUUAUGUGAGUGUUGUGGCCGGGAGGAAGCUUGUUCCCACUUCCCUAGGAAUUGUGCUUGUUCAUGGGUAUCAAAAGAUUGAUCCGGACCUAGUCCUCCCAACGAUGCGUUCAGCAGUUGAGGAGCAGUUGAAUUUAAUAGCCCUCGGUCGUGCUGAUUUCUACGCUGUACUGCAGCACACAAUCGAAGUAUUCAAACAAAAAUUCCAUUACUUUGUUCAGAGUAUCGAUGGUAUGGAUCAAUUAUUCGAGGUAUCCUUUUCUCCUCUCUCUGCCUCGGGCAAAGCUCACUCGCGAUGUGGCAAGUGUCGUCGUUACAUGAAAUACAUCCAGACAAAACCAUCGAGACUUCACUGCGCCCAUUGUAACGAGACUUACAAUUUACCACAAAAUGGUAAUAUCAGAAUUUAUAAGGAGCUCAAGUGUCCACUCGACGAUUUUGAACUAUUGUCGUGGUCGACUGGUACCAGAGGCAAGAGUUACACGUUCUGUCCAUAUUGUUAUAAUAAUCCGCCAUUCAGGGACAUGAAGAAAGGAAACACUGGCUGUAAUUCUUGCACCCACCCAACCUGUCCUCAUGGAUUAAAUUCAAAUGGUCUCUCGAGUUGUCCAGAGUGUGAAGCUGGUAUUCUAGUGCUGGAUCCAUCCGCAGCACCAAAAUGGAAAUUAGGAUGUAACAGAUGUGAUGUUAUUAUUCACUUCUUUGAGAAUGCUCACAAGGUGACUGUUGACACUGACGUUUGUGAAUGUGGUGCGCAACUCAUCACAGUUCAGUAUAAAGAGGACAAGAGCAAAUUACCGAAUGAGGCAACUGAGAUGACUGGCUGUGUGUUUUGUACAGCGGAGUUUGGACCACUGGUGGAGAAGCAUCGGGCUGUAGCUUCCAAGCCUGUGAUGACUAGGGGACGUGGCCAUGCCAAAGGUCGUAGUCGAGGCAAACCAAGACCCAAGGACAAGAUGGCGCAAUUAGCUGCUUACUUUGUGUGAAAUAAAUAGGUGAAAUGCACAGUGAAUAACAAUUAACGUAAUUUGACGUUUGACAGACGUGGGAAACUGAUGAAGAAGUGAUGGGGUAAAACGUAAUUGGAAAAUUCACGUAUGUUAAACUUCAAUAGAAAAACUUAGCGAUUCGCUAGCAAAUUCUAUUGGCAUUCUCGUUAAAAUUCUAUUUCUUUUUUGCACAGAUUCUAUUAAAUAUUUGA